GACCGCGCUGUCUCUGUGACAGCUGUCGAUCCCCAACAUCUGUGAGCUAAAGAGAAAGUAUCCGCCAUGCGAGAAAGAUUGAGGGCACAACUCGUGGCCAAUACGUGCAGCGAAUCCUUCCCCAGAUUGAAGUUCAACCACUGAUCGUGUGCGGCGUCUUACCAAAUCGACUUACGGUCUCGGCAUUUUACGAAAUGCUAACCAGAGCCUUUCAGAAGUUAAUCAAAGAUCCUUCUGGAGAGAGUGUUUCCAUGGACGACAUCAUGGAGGCCCUUGUGGAGGAUAAAGAAUUACAGAUUGCAAAGACACAAGAUUCUCAAAACAAGAACUCCGAAUGUAUUCAGUGUCUCUACCAGAUCGCAAUAGCAGCGACAAGCUGCCUGACUUCGUUCUUCAGCUGGCAUCGUUCGCCCAUCUCAGGACACUAUGCGGUCAGAGGCGGCACUUCUCCAGACACUAUACACCAGCAUUUAGAGAAUUGUAGUCGGUCCAGUGGCUCAUUCAUCUCUCAUCUGGGGGUACUUCCGACUCCGUACAACAAAAUUCCAUGGCCAGAUGAUCUGAUCUUUCUCUCAAAUCUCAACUACCAUUCUUUGGUCCAUAUCGGUCGUCUUUGUGUCGAAUGGGUUUCAGAUAUCAGCCAGCACUUGCAGCUAGUACUGUCAUCCACGACCAAGACCCUCCGGCUUUAUAAGUACCCGUCUCUCUGUGUCCUGGCCUUGGCUGGUGGGGACUAUCAGACUUUCAGCAAUAGGAUCAUGCAGGACGGUAUGAAGCAUAACAAACACUCUAUUCACAGAGAGGUUUUGUUGUCUUUACGUUUCAUCCUAAGCCAAACACGCAAAUCCAGGAAACUUGCGCAGAAGCUAGCCUUCUCGACAAUGGAAAUAGUGGACCGCGACAACGCAUUUGACCUUCUUUUGGAAGGCAAGUUAGACGACUUGCUCUUCUCUCUACCGUCGUCUGCGCCCAAGCAACUUGCAUCCAAAUACACCGGAAAUCCAAGGAAGCAAGACACCUUGGCACCUUGGUCAGACUUGGUGUUAUUAGGACAAAGAAUGCUUGAACUUCAAAGGUACAAUGCAGCGCAGCGACCAACACAGACAAGAAAGAUGAUCAAGGAUAAAAGAGAUCCUGUCCGAUGGUAUACUCUUUGGGCAGUGCUACUGGUCGGAGGAUUGGGUGUUAUUAUUGGGAUUAUGCAAGUAGCACUUUCAUGCGCGCAGCUUGCCACCGCAAAAUAGAUGGAUUGCAUACCUGACAGAUGAUCGAAUGGAAAAUUUUCAGUUGUCCGUCUAGAAUUCCACGACUCAAAAGAGUGAAGCAUAAAGUAAUCGAGAGAGCUAUAUAUAGGGCUAUAUGAACACUACCUUGCUAGCCGUUGCCGCGGCACGACUUUCGUGUAACAAGAACUAUCCCAUCCAUCACGACUUUAGAGGCCCUGCAAGCAGGGCAAUUAAACGCUAUAACGUAUUGUCCCAAAGGUGAACAUGGAGCGAGAGCAAGAUGACACGGUGGUGCAAAAAGAAAGGGCCGAACCGGAGUCGAACCGGUGACUUCGGGAAGGCAGUUUUUGGUUGAACUGCAGUCCUACACUCUACCACUGAGUUACCGGCCCAUCUGAUGAUCGAU